GUUUGGAAGCUCAGGAAGAACCGGUCAGAAUGGAUAUGUCCACUGAACUUCCGGGAUUGGAUACUCUCACAAUGCUUUGUGAAAGAUUGCGAUCUGAGAAGUUGCUCGUAGCCAGUGAGCUUGACACUUUGCAACGACUUAAUGAGGAUGUUGAUAAUGCUCAAAGUGACUUGGCACACUUAGCUUGGAUAUGUAAGCAGGAACAGACGGUGUUGUUACGUCUUGUCAGUUCUCAUCCUGAUGUUAGACCUGAAAAUUGUUGCUAUCUCACUUCUCAGCUCGAGUGUGCACGUUUCAUUGAUGGAUAUCGACGUAUUGAUGGACAACAUUAUAGUGGCGUAACGGAUUUAUUGAACUUAUUACUAGUUUCUCCAAAUUUAGUUGCAGAAAUUUUAAAUGCAGUUGAUCAUAUGCCGAGGAACAAUGAGUCAAUGUUCGUGGAGCUUGUUCCAUGCAUUUACAGUCUUCUGUAUGGUUGUUCAAUUUUCCCAGAGGACGAACGUAGAGUACUAGAAACCCUUUAUCAUUUGCUAGAUAUACAAUUAGCUUCGCAUCCUGAUCCACGAUUGUUAUUAAGGAAAGGGAAUGUUUCAUUUUGCCAACUCUAUCGUUUGUUCUCCGAAGGGAUGUAUUCAGCAAAGAUUUUUCUAACAGCUGCUUUACACGAACCUGUAAUGUUUGUUUUGUCUCAAGAUGAUAUUUUUUUGGAUAUUGAACCUACGAAAACACUAAUACGUUUUCCAACUGAAGAGAGGAGGAGACGUUUCGGGGUGGAUGAAGGUUCGCUAUCUUUUUUACAAAAGUUAACUGCUCAUCGUCGAUAUAUUGAGUCGAAGUUGGUUACAAUUGCAAGUCGAUUUAUUCAAGCAAUUACGGAUGCAAUGUCCUGCUUUCCUCAAAACCUAGGUUGCAUUGUGCGAAGGCUGUACGCUGUCUUGAUGGAUCAGAGGAAACUGAGCCAUGAACAGGCGACUUUAAUUUGCACGGACUUGAUUUUUACAUAUCUUAUAUGUCCUGCCAUUGCAAAUCCUGAAACACUUGGAGUUAUAUCUGAUACUCCCGUUACUUACAUUGCUCGGUUCAAUUUAAUGCAGGUAGGCCAAAUUCUACAAACUCUUGCUGUUGCACCAAUUGAACCACCUCCUUCCCAAAUCGCUCAUUUUUAUUCGCAAUUCGAUCAAGAAUCAAUGCCUCGUGUGGUGCAACAUAUCCUCACAACGCAUGGUAGCUCAGUCGAUAGUCUAAGUGCUAUUAGUACUGAAUCACCUCCGCAAGUUGUUGAGCAAUUUAUUCGACGUUUAUUUGUAGGGACUAUCAGUGCUAUUCGAUUUACGGCACUAGGAUCUUUGAAUGAUGAAUCACUGCGUCGAACUUUAAAUGGAUUAUCACGACGACUACCUGUUAAACUUUCACAGGGUGAUGUGGCAAAUGUUGGAGCUAAUAACGCUCAAGAAAAUGGAGAGUAUAAAAGUGGUUUACGAUCCAAAAAUUUGAAAUCAGUGGAAUCUGCGGUCUCAAAUUCUGUUCAGUCAGAAAUGAUCGAAGUGAUUACUAUAUUUUUUCGCUUGCGUUUAAAGUUUCAUGAUUUCAAAGUAUGUUCUGAUAUGGUGCUUAUGUUCCCUCUCGGUGAAGGAAGGGAACUCUUGGGGAUGUGUCCGGAAGAAAAAUUCAUGGAGUCAGUCCGAAAUCCACAACGAAUGCGAAAACACAAGAUAUCGGAUGAGUCAGCUGAGAAGCGAACACGUUUUGUAGAUACUGAAAGCAUUGAUCGCACUACUGAUGGUGGAAGUGAUGACGAGGAAGCAGCAAGUUUAUCAUCUUCUAUUGAAGCUAAUGCGGAUGGUAUGGAUGAUGAUGUUGAAGACAUAUCAACGCUACCGGAUAACUUUAGUGACGUGGUGCCGAGCAGUGCGAAUGUCUCAGGUCGUGGCUCUCCUAGCGUUAGUGAUGGUGCCUCUAAUCGUGAUGGUUCGCGGUCAACCCGUUCAAUCACUCGUUCAAAUGGUGCAGCUGUUCGACGCGAAAAUACGGAAGGUCUAGAGGAUAAAUUUGGAAAAUUUGGUAUACUUCCUCAAGGAGAAGGGCGUCAGAAAUAUCGCGAUGAAACACAUUCUCUUGUUAGUGAAAGCUGGUCUACUGAUGUUUUACCAUCAGAUACAGAAGGUUUUGGAGUCGAUACUCGACAAGAAGGCGACAGUAGUGCAGCAGUAAUUGCUGUUGCGCUACCAGUGUUGCCUGCCGUUGCAGAAGUUGGGGAGCCAAUAAAUGAAAGAAGACCAAAUAGGAUGGGUUCACAUCGGUUGGUCACUGUCAGUGCUAAUUCUGCUUUACAUAUAGUGGGUAAUGGUGAAGAUCGAAGUGAUACAUGGUCAGUAGACGCAGUAGCUAGUGAUUCGGAAGCUGAUCCGCUGCACAGAAAUGACGACUUAUUGAUGAUUGAUGAUUCUGACAACACAUUUGGUACGUCUACUGUCAGCAGUAAUGCAGCUAUGUUUUCUUCUGCGUGUAGCGAAGGUAGUAUGUUAGCAGGUGGUAGUGCAUCUAAUCAUGCAGCUCUUCGAGGACACUAUGGUACAGCAAUCCAGAGCGAAGCUUGUAGAGUUAUUAGUUCAUUUCACCAAGGUCCAAGAAAGCCGAUAUCAACAUCGUCAACUGAUACAUCUAUUUUUCGAGAGUUGAAUCAGGCAAACUUAGCAGCUUCAACAUCUACUGGGCAUGGUCGAGAACGUCUUAGACGUCAAUCCAGUGGAAGUUCUUUUUACUCCAAAUCUGAUGUCGAUUCUGAAUUCUCGAAAGACCUUAAUGAUGACACAUUGUCAUCUCUACCAGGCGAUUACGUUCCGUCUUUUCGCAAUAGUGUUGGUGAAUUAGCACCGACCAGCUCCGCUGUUUCUUUUAUGGCAGCAGCUGGUUCAUUCUACACUGAUGACAUUGAAGGAGGAUUAACUGCAGCAUCAGCUAGUGAAGAUGUAGGAAAUAAUUCAAGGAAUUAUAAUAGUAUCAUGAACAUUCGAAAAGUUGAAAGAUAUAAUGAACAUGAGGAUAUCGUUUCGUUCCUUCGUCAGGUGGCAAACAGCGAAUCUGCUUGUGAAAACAGAUCGGAUGAAGAUCCAUUGAGAGCUGUAUUUCCUUCCAGUUCAGCAGUCCCUAAAAUAAAUCGGAUUUCUUCCCUUAAUGGCCGAAAUCUCCGUUUCAGACCUCAGAAUGACGAUAGUGAAAAGAACGACAAUUUAUUAAGUCGGAAGAAAAUUAACAUCCUUCAAGGUCUCCAUAAAGUGGGCGAAUCACUGAAAAUUCGAAAAGGUGCUGUUGUUAGUUCUCUCCGUCAAUCACUGUCACAGGCUGCAGCUAUGAAUGAAGUAAUGGACACAAAGAGCACAAUUGUUAGAGAAUCGUUUGCAGUGAAUUCACAAUCCGCAAAUGGAAGAUUUGUUGAAAGCCGUUCACUUGAUGAGUUAAGUGCCACUUUAGAAAUAAAUAAACAAAGAGCAAACGAAAUUUUGGAUAAGUACAGGGGGAAGGCAGUUCAUGGAAAUGAUCAGUUGAACGAAAAACUACAAAAUGAGGAAAAAAUACUGGAAACAGUUCAAGAUUUGGAGUUGUAUUAUGAUCCUGAAAAUCUUACGCAAUGUCGUGCAUUCAUUGAUGUGAAACGGAAAUUGCGUUUGGUUCUGAGCUCAAUAGCUUUUUUACCUGGAGGAUCUUCAGUGACUAGUGAAAGUAUUUUGAGGAAAUCCAAGACGAGAGCGAGUGGGAAAAACGAUGCAAAACAGCUGAUGGAAUUUCUGCAAAUUUUAUUGGCAGAAAGCAUUAAUGCUCAAGACAAAGCUUUAUGUGCACAAAUUCGUGAGGUGGUGCGCUGCUUAUCUAUAUUCGAUGAUAGAGCGGUCAGAAAACUUUUAAGAGUUCUGAAAGGAGAACAUAGGAAACGUACUGCAUAUAUGUUAUAUUUACAGCAGUCACGCUUAACUCUUCUUCAGUUACGUUCUCAUCUGGAAAAACUUGCUGUUCGUCUUCAGAGAGAAAAGAUGUUAGUUAGUGAAUGCCUUGUCGAUAUACUUGCUCGAUUUUAUCUUGAAGAACGUGAUGCGCAGUUGCGGAGGUUUAUCAUGGAGUUUCAGACUUUAAAAGCUCAGGAUGAAAGGACAGAUGUAGUGACGCGUGCUCUGAAUUCAUUGUAUGAGUGUUUGCCUCGUGAAAAAAUAUGGCGUUUUGCGAAUUCAGAGAGAAUUGAAUUCGUGAAGAAAAGUGUAGAACGUUCAUUGAUGGCUCAACUCUAUGUUUUUGCACUUUAUCCAAAUGGUGAAGCAGAUCAAAGUAGAGACAGUGUUUUUCACAAGUCUGUUCAAAAAUUAGCAUUGGAAAUCAGUCCAGAUCAUCCGCAGCUGCGAAUAUCAAUGAGAUUACGUGGCGAAUGUCCUUGGCCAUCUGCGCAAGCAGAAAUUGCAAUUAUGAACGCUUACAAAUCACCGCGUGAUAAGAUAGCAUGUAUUGUUAGAUGCUGUGAGACGAUUGAAAAUCUUAUCAUAUUGGCUUCUGAGCGGGGAACAGCUUCAGCGGAUGAUAUUACUCCCGUGCUCGUUUAUGUUCUCAUUCAGGCAAACCCUGUGGCUCUAUUAUCAAACAUUCAAUAUAUUAGUGCAUUUUGCGAAAAUCAAAUAACAGGCAUAGAAGCGUACUGGUGGACACAGUUCACUGGUGCGGUUGAAUUUAUAAAAACGCACGUAAUCCAGUCUGAUUCUGGUGGUGCUUCACUUCUGUUUGGGGAUAUUUGGGUUCGGUCACGGGAACAGUUGCACUCUCUUAAAGAUGACAGUCGUGAUCAUCUGUAUAUACUAUGCAUAUUCAUCCUUGUGAUUCAGAUCAAAAAACGAUUCUUAUUUGCACUUUCAAGAAAUAGACUUGAAUGGAAUGAAGUUCAUGAUGAAGUUUGUUACAUGUUGGUUGACGCUAUAAAAACUAUUCUUAAAGAUAUAUUUGGAGAAGUGCUUAAAAUGAAAAGAAGUCAUUUGGUUAACAGCGUUGGAAUGUCUUAUAUGUUCGGUGCUCGUAAAAAAAGAGUAACGAAUGAAUAUAUGGGCGAUUCUUAUGUUGUAUCACCUAUGAGAACUCCAUUAUGCAUAAAAGAUGUUCAAGAUACAAUUACGCUGCAAGUCACAAAAUGUAAUCAAGAGAAGAAAGCACAACUCAUUAUAUGAAU